AUGUCAAACGAUAUCCGCACAGUCGUUGUUAUCGGAUGCGGCGUGAUUGGUAUGGGAUGGGCAGUCCUCUUCCUGUCCCAAGGACUCAAGGUCAUCAUAACGGAUCCUGCAGAAGGUGCUGAAGCGCGGUUCGAGCAAUAUCUACAAGACGCCUGGCCUCUCAUAGCAGCACCGGAGGAGUUUGAUAGUCUUUCGAAAAACUACGAUUUCGUCCAUGAUGUGGGUCCGAGAUUGAAAGAGGCAGACUUUGUACAAGAGAACGGACCCGAACGGGUGGACUGGAAGACAGAGCUCUUCGAGACUCUUGAUAAACACACCAGGAAAGGUGUGGUAAUUGCUUCUUCUUCCUCAGGUCUACCUUCCAGCAAAUUCGUCGGACGGUGCCAGACUGAUCCCAGUCGGGUAUUGAUUGGCCAUCCGUUCAACCCUCCGCACCUCAUACCACUGGUGGAGGUUGUACCUCAUCCGGGCACCAGCCAGACAUCUAUUCAGACAGCUUUGGGUUUCUAUAGAUCACUCGGCAAGAAGCCAAUUCUUCUCCGCCAAGAGAUUCCUGGCUUUGUGUCCAACCGUCUCCAAGCAGCCAUCAACAACGAAGCUUACAGCCUCAUCAGCCGUGGCAUUGUCUCAGCGGAAGACUUGGAUGCGGCUGUGACAUCGGGUCCUGGGCUUCGAUGGGCGCUCACGGGUCCCAUUGCCACCAAUGCUUUGGGCGGUGGAGGGGGUCCUGAGGGAUUCGGCAACCGUAUCGAGCGUCUCGGUUCAGCCAUCAGGGGCUGGGAGGAGGAUAUGCUAAAGCAUCGAUUCGAUUGGAACCAAGAGAGCCUCGCCACGCUGCAGGAUCAAGCCAAAAAGUCUUUGCAGGAUGUGGAUUGGCCGAAUAUGGUAGCGGAGAGGGACGCUGUCCUUUUGAAGUUGCUAAACGUCAAGUCAGAUGCUCCAUCUAUGGCAUGGAUAGUGUAG